AUGAAUAACCAACCUUCUUAUCGUAUACAUCCAAAAUCUAAACUCCAACUAAAUGAUACACAUAAACCUUCUGCCUUUCAGUACCACACAGCUUAUCCACGCAACUACCGCUUUAUCAUCAACCAUAAAGACACCUGCACAACCAUGAACCCUUUCUUGGUCCUGAUGGUUCCAGUAGCACCACACAACAUGGCAGCGCGUGAUGCCAUCCGGAAGACAUGGGGCAGAGAGAAAGUGAUCCAGGGUGAGAAGGUCCUGACUCUUUUUGUGCUCGGCCUCCCUAGUAAGAACAUCGAUGAGCUUCAGGAGAAGGUCCGGCAGGAGAAUCUACUGUACGACGACCUGAUCCAAAGUAACUUUAUUGACAGUUACUUCAAUCUGACCAUCAAAACUAUGGUGAUCAUGGACUGGCUGGCAACCCAUUGCCAUACAGCAGCAUAUGGCAUGAAGAUUGACUCAGACAUGUUCCUGAACAUUGACAAUCUGAUCAUAAUGUUACACAAGCCAGACAUCCCUAAGGUGAACUACUUAACCGGAAGCAUUGUAUGGAACAGGCCUGUUGUUCGUGCAAAUAACUCUAAAUGGUACGUCCCCAAAGAGAUGUAUCCCGAGGACACAUACCCACCUUACACUGUGGGCAUGGGGUAUAUCUUCUCCAAUGAUCUUCCAGAGAAGUACGUGGAGAUUUCAAAAACAUUCAAACCUUUUUACGUCGAAGACGCUUACAUCGGAAUGUGCAUGAAACAGUUAGGUCUUGAACCCACGUCACCACCAGAUCCCUGGCAGUUCCAGACCUUUAACAUAAAGUAUAACCGAUGUGAAUAUUCCAAGAUCAUCACAUACAUUCUUGAGACUUCAGAGGAGUUGAAGCGAUACUGGAGAGACUUGAAAACACCCGGCUCACCGUGCUAAGACAAGGAUUACUACAAAAAUACGUGUUGGGUGGCAGGGAAUUGGAAAGUAAGCAACUUUCAAUUGGGACAACCUGAAGGGAACAACU